UUUCAGUCCACUGUUUCCCAUCGAGCAGUCGGACCUAACUGCAGUUCCACACAUCAAAAUGGCGUCGCAAGAUGAAUCGGUGAGGGAUUUUGUUGCAGUUACCGGUGUUGAAGAGGAAAGAGCCCGUUUUUUCCUCGAAUCAGCUGGCUGGGAUUUGCAGCUUGCCCUGGCCAGUUUCUUUGAGGAUGGAGGAGAUGAUGAUAUUGUUACCAUUUCUCAGCCAGAAAGUGGCCCGGGCCCUAGAUCCACAGGCCCAAGUGAACACCGAGUGACUUCCUUCAGAGACUUGACACAUGGAGAUGAAGAAGAGAGCGAUGAAGAAGGUCAGAGAUUCUUUGCUGGUGGUUCAGAACGCAGUGGUCAGCAGAUUGUUGGUCCACCCAAGAAGAAGAGCACAAAUGAGGUGGUUGAGGACCUGUUCAAGGGUGCUAAGGAGCACGGGGCCAUUCCAGUCGACAAAGCAGGCAAAGGGCUUGGAGAGUCUAGCAAGGCUAAGGCGUUUGUAGGAGGUGGUUAUCGUCUGGGUGCAGCACCAGAAGAAACGUCUGCCUACGUGGCUGGAGACAGGAGAUCCGCUAGCAGUACUCAAGAUGUACAUGUGGUGCUGAAGCUGUGGAAGUCAGGAUUCAGCCUUGAUGAUGGAGAGCUCAGAAAUUACAGUGAUCCUGCGAAUGCCCUCUUCCUGGAGUCCAUCCGCAGGGGGGAGAUUCCUCUGGAGCUGAGGCAGCGUGCUCGUGGUGGGCAAGUGAAUCUGGAUAUGGAGGACCAUAGGGACGAAGACUUCACCAAAUCCAAGCCUGCCUUUAGGGCUUUUACUGGGGAGGGACAGAAACUGGGCAGUGCCACUCCAGAGUUGGUAUCUGUUCCAAGAAUGGAUCAGGCACUUCAGGCUGCGAUCGAGGCUCAGGCCUGUGCGCAUAUCAGCGUGGACGAGUCGCAGCCCGUCACCAGCAUCCAGAUCAGACUGGCCGAUGGAGGACGACUGGUGCAGAAGUUUAACCACACCCACAGGGUCUCUGAUAUACGCCAGUUUGUGGCAAGCGCUCGGCCAGCCAUGGCUGCAGCGGAGUUUGUCCUCAUGACGACUUUCCCCAACAAGGAGCUGACAGACGAGAGUCAGACACUGAAGGAGGCCAACCUGUUGAACGCAGUCAUUGUGCAGCGGCUAAAGUGAUGGUGCCUUCUAGUGGCUAUGUUUUAUCACAUCGCUCUGAGUUCCCUACUCAACAGGGGACACAUGGACUUGAGGACUUCUCAUUACUUAAUUUUUCUUUCCUUUGUGACAUUUUUCCUCUUUUGCAGUUUUGUGAUGGUGUGUACUUUUUGGAUAUGACAGAAUGGGGAGAAUAAAAAAAUAAUUCCUGUGAGAUGCUUUAAUGGAAGGAGAGAAGAUUAAUACCAAUUAAACAUACUAGGAAAACCUAUCCAAAUUGCAAAUAAAGAGCUUUCUAAAUAGUUUUUACCUCAAUGUUUCUUAAGCAGUUCUACUGUUCCUCUUUUACCUCUUCAUUUUCUCUUUUCUUAAUGCAUUCUUUCUCUUGCCAUAAACACCACUCUCACCAAACUCAUAAUGCCUUUAGCCUUACAACACAACACCUACUCCAAUGGACUUCAAAUUUAAUUGCAACUGUUCAAAACUCAAAAAGGUUAAACUAUUUUUUUCUAUUGCUUUUUCCUUUCAGUAAGAAAGUUGAUGGUUAACACUAAAAUGUUUUAUUUUGAAUAGACAACUGCACCUUAUUCAUUUUGUUGCCUGAUUAUGAUUAUAUACUAGCGAGAUAACAAAAUAGUUGGCUGAGAGUCGACCACUUGCUCCGCUGCUAAACACCCCAGCAGCAAUAUUGUAUUCUAUGCAGCCACUUGUAGAACUGGAGAUGUCGUGUGGUUGUGUGGAGAUGUGGUAAUUCUGCGAUUAAAAUCUCUCUGU